UUUAUCCGGAUUAAAAAAAUAAAACUACGCGUUUGUUUGGCUUUUCCCUCCACUUUUAAUUAAUAGUUAUUUUUUGUAACUAAUAAAAUGACUAUUACAUUUAGUUAUAUUUGUUCAGAUGUUUUUAAAUUUCAAAAUAGUCCAUAAAAUCUGCCGGACAUUUUGACCGAUAAAAUUUGGAUUUUGCCGGCCCCAUUCAAAAUUUAUCGGGGAUGCCCGAUGGACCGGCGCGUUUCGGGAACUCUGUGUUAUGGAUCUAGAUACUAAUGCCAAUAUUUUUUGCUUCGCCCUCAAACACGGUCACGUCAUAAGACAUAUUACAUCGCAAACAGUGCAAGAUCAACAUAGCCAUACCUAUUAAAACUCCAUCGACGUCAAAAACGACGUGUGUGACCGGUGUAAUGGGCGCAGACAUUUUCGAAGACUGGGAUGUCGAUCCCGAGAUGAACAAUUUCUCUCACGGUCAUGCACAUGACUGCAGUGCCCACUCUUCUGGUGCUCCAUCAGUCCAUCAAACCAUGGAUGAGAUGGAAUUUGAGAGAGGUAUAUGGUCAUACGCCUUGUCUGGAGAUUAUGCGGAAGUACGUAAACGAUUAGAUAAAGGGGAGAACGUAAACAUAAAGGACAGCUCUGGAUACACCGCACUGCAUUAUGCCAGUAGAAAUAAUCACCUAAGUAUCUGUGAACUGCUACUAAAAUCUGGGGCAGAUGUGAAUUGUGUUACCAAAUCAGGAGUUACUCCCCUUCAUAGAGCUGCAUAUAGGGGAAACACAGAGAUUGUACAAUUAUUAUUACGGGGAGGGGCAAGUCCAUCUGCACAGGAUUGUGACGGAAAAACUGCACUUCAUAAGGCAGUGGAAAUGGAGAGAAGUGACAUAAUAGAUCUGCUUGUUGAAAAGGUUCCAGAGUGUUUACUCAUAAAAGACAACAAAGGACAGUGUCCCGUGUCAUAUGUGAAGGACCAGAAUAGUCAAAUGUACAACAGACUAAAGCCCCAGAAUCCCUUUUGAAAUCGACCACCUUCCCAAGUGCAACAAACUAUUAAAGGUCCAAGAAUCAUUUCCCCUUCUACAACAGACCAAGGCCUCAGAAUCCCAGUUGAAAUUGACCAUCUUCCCUCGCAACAGACCAAAGUUUCAGGCUCUCAGCAUACCUGUUGAAAUCUACCAUUUCCUCUGUACAACAGACUAAGGUCCACGAGUCCCUACUGAAAUUGACCAUUUCCACAUUUCAAUAGAACACAACAUCAUGUUAGUUAAGAUCUCAACAAAAUGUAGAACAAGUUCUAGAGGGAGUAAUAACAUUUACACACCAGAAGCAAAAUAAGUGAGAUCAAAAGAUCGACCUUAAUUGUAAUUCAAUAGAUGCCCGGGUACAUGCUUGUUACAGUGUGGUUUAGUGGACAUAUCAUUAUGAAACAAUGAACUUUGUUUUAAAUACGAAAUUUCCUAUUAAAAUCUUAAUACGGUAGAAAAUUAUACAGAAAUAAAACAAUGCAUUGGUCCAUUUAUAAAACCAGGUUAACGCGGUUUAUGCAUGUAUAAAAACAAUAACAAAAAAAGACAACUUUUGUCUGCUUUUUAUUGAAAAAGGAAAGACUCAUACAAAAUAAAACUGUCUUAAGGUAUAUCGAUCCUCAUGUGAUGUCAUAAGUUAAUUUUAUUCACAGGAUAAAAUAAAAAAUCAGAUAUAAAACUAUUGAUAAUGAAAAAGUUAAUAUUUUCCAUUAUUUAUGAAAAAAAAAUGUCAAGGGCAAUAACUACUAUGCUGGUAUUUCCUCUACUGUAUGUCUAAUAUGCUAUGGUUUUCCUAAUAUUCACAAUUGAUUUGUACAUAUUUAUAAAUUACAAUAUUGCAGGUUUUUUUUACUGUUGACAUUAAAAACAUGUCAUGCAAACAA